AUGAUUCAAGUAGUAAUUCUUCGAUUCAUGUUAGCUUCCAUUUUGGUGAUUGGGUGCAUAGGUGGUGAGUUAAAAAUGAAAUAUUAUGAGAAACUAUGUGAUACGGUUUCGGUUGAGAAUACAGUACGGGAGAUUGUAUGGAGCAAAGUUGCCGCGACUCCUGCAUUGGCAGCAAAGCUUUUAAGGCUUCAUUACCAUGAUUGCUUUGUUCGGGGAUGUGACGGUUCGAUACUGUUGGACCCUACAGUAAAUACAACCACGGAAAAAACAGCAGGACCUAAUAGAUCUGUUUCUGGGUAUGAUGUUAUUGAUGAAAUAAAGGAAAAGCUAGAAGUUGAUUGUCCAGGGGUUGUUUCUUGUGCUGAUAUUGUUGCAUUAGCAGCUAGAGAUGCUGUGUCAUUCCAAUUUCAAACAGAAAUGUGGCCGGUUUUAACUGGUAGAAAAGACGGGAAAUUUUCAUUGGCAUCAGAGGUUGGUGUCAAUUUACCAUCUGCAAACGCCAAUUUCACAACACUCCUGGACCAAUUCGGAACCAAGGGAUUAGGCCUUGAUGAUCUUGUAACACUUUCAGGGGCACAUACAAUUGGAAUCUCGCGUUGCAUCCUGAUUGCAAGAAGGCUCCACAACUUUACCGGAGUAGGAGAUGCUGAUCCUUCUCUCAACACAACUUAUGCACAAACACUGAGGAAUAUAUGCCCAAACCCUGUGAACUCAACCACUCUUCUUGAAAUGGAUCCUGAUAGCUCCCUCACCUUUGAUUCCGAUUACUAUAGGUCAUUGAACCAACAUAAAGGUCUAUUCGUAUCUGAUGCAGCAUUACUCACAAACCCAAAAUCAGCUCAUAUAGCACAAGUUUUAGAAAAUCCCGCGGUUUUCUUUGCCCGGUUUGCUAGAUCUAUGGUACGAAUGGGUGCUAUCGAAGUCCUUACAAAUGGUCAAGGACAAGUCAGGAGAAAUUGUCGUGUCAUUAAUGAUGAAUGA